AUCCUCGUCCAGCAGCCAUUAGCCCGCAGAGCUCAAGAUGAGCGUCCGAGUCGUCGCCCGCAUCCGGCCACUCCUCAAAACCGAACUUGAAAAGGAUCAGAUCGUAACCAGCCACGACGGUCCCGAUGGAAAGCCCACGAUUGUCAAAAUCCCCAACCCCAAGAACUUUGCCGAAGAAUACAGUUUCCAGUUCAACAGCGUUUACGAACAACAGGCCACCCAGCAAGAGAUAUUCGAUGCCGAGGUUGCACCCACGGUCAAACAUCUCUUCCUCGGAUACGAUGUCACCAUCUUCGCCUAUGGCUCCACGGGCACGGGGAAGACCCAUACCAUGCGGGGUGGAAAGUCUCUUGCUGACCGAGGAAUGAUCCCGAGAUUGUUGAGCAGUAUCUACAGAAAGAGUCGGGCGAUCGAGAAGAGCAGCAAUGGGGAAACCGCAGUCGAAGUGUCCAUGAGCUACUAUGAGAUCUACAACGACCGUGUCUUCGAUCUCUUCGAGGCCCCCGAGAAGCGGACCGCCACUGGGCUUCCGAUCAGAGAAGCCGAAGGUGGGAAGACGGUGGUCGUUGGCCUGACAGAAAUGCCUUGCGCCUCGUUGAAGGACUUCGAAGUGCUGUACGAUAGAGCCAAUGCUAAUCGAAGCACCGGCGCCACCAAACUCAACGCCCAUUCCUCACGGUCUCAUGCCAUCCUCUGCGUCAAAGUGACCAUCACCACCCCGACUGAAACGAGGAUAAGCACAGCCUCCGCGAUCGAUCUGGCGGGCUCAGAAGACAAUCGGAGAACGGGUAAUGGCAAAGACAGAAUGGUCGAGUCGGCCAGCAUCAACAAGUCAUUAUUUGUCCUGGCGCAGUGCGUGGAGGCCAUCAGCAAGAAACAGCACCGCAUCCCGUAUCGCGAGUCGAAGAUGACGAGGAUUCUUUCGCUAGGACAAAACAAUGGCUUCACAGUCAUGAUCCUCAACCUCGCGCCUGUCAAGGCCUACCAUCUCGACACGCUCAGCUCUCUGAACUUUGCCAACCGGACCAAGAAGAUCGAGGUCCGUGAGGUGGAGAAUGAGCCCAUUUUCAAGGGUCCUCCGCGACAGGUUCCUGGUGCAUCGGUGGGCGGGCCGACGAUGCAGCGACAACCACUCCGGCCUCUGACCCAUGUGGUCAAUGUGAACCUUGCCGCCAAUCGCGACACUGCCACGAAGAAUGACAAACCGCCCAAGGCUUUUGCUGUCUAUUCGGACCGCAACAAACCGUCCAUCAGCACCAAGAUCCUCCCCCAGAAGUCGUCUCCACUGAAGCGCACGGCUGAUUCGUCAUUCCUGGCGUCUGCUCGACCUCCCAAAAUCUCGCGUCCUACACCCAGCUUUAUCCGGCGCGCACCAGAGUGUCAACCUCUAGGCAUGGAUAAAUCGUCGAUCGAGACCCUGGUUGAGAAAAAGGUCUCCGAGAUUCUCGCAGCCCGUGCUCUAAAUGCACCGGAUCCAGCUCCACAAAAGGCCAUAUCCGAGGAAGUCCAACGGCGGCUAGACAGUAUUGAGAAGAGGCUGGAGGGACAAGAUGGCGAGAGGGCAGAAGGGCUGAGCUAUCUGUUCAUGGCCAAGCAGCAUCAAGCCCGAGGGGAGUUUGGGAGCGCCCUGAAGAUGUAUGAGCUAGCCAGGCCGUAUUUCCCGGAUAACGAGAAAUUGAAGGGCAAAAUUGAGCGGCUGAGGGAGAAACUUGACGCUAGAAAGAAGGAGUCGAGCGAUACAGCCCAGACUCUGACAAGCGAACCUGACAAGGAGAAGGCCUCCCGUCGCAAUGAUGAGGGCGAUGAAAGCUACCAGGACGACGACAAUGGAGGAUCAGCUUACCACGAUAGUGACGAAGACGAAGCCUCUUAUCGGUCGCGUCAGAAGAAGCAGGCUAAGCAGCCGAGACGCAGAGCAAGAGCAUCAUCACCGGAUCCGCUCACGCAACAAGCCCCAUCAGAGUUGAGUGCUGAGAUGGUGACACCUCGAACACAAUACCUUCUGAAAGUCAUCAACACGCGCGAUAUCACGCAGAUCAAGACGUUGAACGGACUCGGGGCAAAGCGGGCCGAGGGAAUUGUGGAAUACCUCCAUGAGCAAGAGAUAGACGGGGUUGGAGAGGUCUUUGUCCGAAGCUGGAAUGAUCUGGCCAAGUUAAAGGGGAUUGGAAAGAAGACGCUGGAGACGAUGAGGGAAGGGGUCCAGGUGGCUCUGUGAGCGAGAGGAGCCAAAGCAAGCUUUGUCGGGGGCUAGGGGACAAGCUUGAACAGAGCUUGACUUGGCUUGGCUUGGCUUGUCUUGUGCUGUAUUCCUAUUGUUGUUCGGUAUCGAGUAGCCCUGAUGUUGUCUAUUUGUCUAUCAAGAUGGUUGAUGGUUGAUGGUUGAUGCUCGAUGAGCCCCGGCUGAUGAUGGACGAGGCUGUCGCGCCUCACGGGAUGACGCGGCAUUCUUGGCAGGGGCUGUCAUUCGACGACGCUGAUUGGCUCCGUCGAGGCGCGACGGAUGCGAUCAGACUUACAAAGACUCGGUGAGAAUGGCUUGAUCCCACCUUCAAUCCCCC